AUGGCCGUGGCCAUCCGCGGCGGCACUAGUGCGUGGUGCUCCGCGUCGUUGGACACCAUCUCCACUGACUCCCCCAUCUCCGGUGACCUGACGGUCGUGUCGAGAGGCGGUAACUUCGAGCUGGGCUUCUUCAGUCCCGCUGGUGGCGGCGGCACGACGACCUCCUCCUCUCGCAGCAACUACUACGUGGGAAUCUGGUACAGCAAGAAGGUCGUGUCGAAGCGCACGUCCGUGUGGGUCGCCAACAGGGCCGCCCCGGUCGCCAACCCGUCGUCCUCUCGGCUCGCCGUGGCGGUGGACGGCAACCUCGUGCUCACCAACGAAGCCGGCAAGCUCGUCUGGUCCUCGAACGUCAGCUCCGCCGGCAGCAGCUCGAAUGGCGGCGCCGCCGUCGUGGCGGUCAUCUUGGACACCGGGAACCUCAUCCUCCGGCGCGAGAGCGGCGAGGUUCUGUGGCAGAGCGUGGAGCACCCAACCGACACAUGGCUCCCUGGAGCGCGCCUUGGCGUGAACAAGAUCACCGGCGACGUGCUGGCGCUGGUUUCUUGGAAGAACGCCGGUGAUCCGGCCCCCGCAAUGUUCACCUUGCGGAUCGACCCGAACGGGAGCAGCCAGUACCUCACGAUCUGGAACAGGACCGUGACUUCCUGGAGCAGCGGGGAGUGGAACGGCGAUGUGUACGCCGGGGUCCCCGAGAUGACGUCGCACUACAAGUACGACUUCCAGUUCGUCAACGACACGAACGGCACCUACUUCACCUACUCCCUGCAGGACCCCACGGUGAUCUCCAGGACGGUCCUGGACGUCUUCGGCCAGAUCAGGCAGAUCAUGUGGGAGCCGUCCGCCGACGAGUGGAUGAUCAUCUGGGCGGAGCCGCACCGGCUGUGCGACGUCUACGCCGUAUGCGGCGAGUUCAGCGUCUGCAACGAGAAGAGCGAGCUCUACUGCAGCUGCCCCGCCGGCUUCCGUCCCUCCUCCGUGGCGGACUGGGAGCUAGGAGAUCACUCGAUGGGCUGCCGCCGGAACAAUCCAUUGCGGUGGUGUGACGGUGGCGCGAACACCUCGUCGGUGCACGGCAAGGGCAACGGCGGCGACGACGACGCCUUCUUGUUGGCGCCAGGUGUUUCUUUGCCGAGAAAUCCAUCGCCUGCAAGGGCAUCCAGCGCUGGAGACUGCGGGCUGGCGUGCUUGAGGAGCUGCGACUGCACCGCGUACUCUUACGACAGUCACUGCUCUCACGGCGGCUUGCUCAACUUGCAGGACACGGCCGGCGUGGAUGGCCUUUACCUCCGGCUGUCCGCCAUGGACGUCCCCUUCUCGAAAGGCCGUAGGAGAACCGUCGUCCUCGCUUCCACUGUCGCAGUUGCGUCGUUCCUAGCCAUGUCCGCCAUCGUGUCUGUGGUUGUUACUAGGAUGUUUAGGAGAAGGCGGCAGAGGAGCAUGGCAUUCAUGCAGGCGGCAUCAGAAGGCGGCAACCUCGUGAUGUUCAGGUACGGUGGCGGCAGCUUCGGCUCGGUGUCCAAGGGGACACUGCCAGCCGGGGCCGGGCAGGUGGCCAUUGCGGUGAAGAAGCUCGAGGGCCGCCUCUGCGUGGGGGAGAAGCAGUUCCGGAACGAGGUGCGCACCAUCGGCGUGAUCCAGCACGUCAACCUCGUCCGCAUCCAGCACGUCAACCUCGUCCGCCUCCGCGGCUUCUCCUCCCACGGCAGCGAGCGGCUGCUCAUGUACGACCACAUGCCCAACGGCUCGCUGGACAAGGCGCUCUUCGGGGGAGCGGAGGCGCCGGCGCUGAGCUGGCGCGCGAGGUUCCAGGUCGCGCUCGGCGCGGCGCGGGGCCUGCUGUACCUCCACGAGGGGUGCCGGGACUGCAUCAUCCACUGCGACAUCAAGCCGGAGAACAUCCUGCUGGACAAGGAUCUGGUGCCCAAGGUGGCCGACUUCGGCCUCGCCAAGCGCUGGGACGGGACUUCUGCAGGCGCCAAGGCCGACGUGUACAGCUACGGGAUUGUGCUGCUGGAUAUCAUCUCCGGGCGGCGGAACGCGCGUUGCUGGCCGACCGCGGAGCAGGACUCGUCGUCGCUGUCGGGGUACUUCCUGCUGGUGGCCGCGAGGAAGGUCAGCCAGGGGGAGGCGCUCGACGGGCUGCUGGACGAUCGGCUGCGCGGCGACGCGGACCCGCGGGAGCUGGAGCGCGCGUGCAGGUGGCUUGCUGAUGAUGAUUUUAGAGAAAAUGUGACUUUCGGUACCCUGUAG